CGCAGGCACGUUUCGUACACCACCGCGGCCCCGCGGGGCGCAGCCCCGUCACUGACUGUCGGCUGCUGGAAGGAGGCAGAAUCGGAGCGGAGCGGAUCGUCUCCAUCCUCCGCAGUCUACCUACUCAUCCUGCCCGUCGGAUCGACUGUCUGAGCGGGGCGCAGACCAGACGCCAGCCCUCCAACGUGACGGCGGCCGCGGCUGGCCUUUCCCUGCGAGACCGAGAGCACAGCAGCAUGUGAAUGGCGGCGGAAAGAGGCCGAGCCGUCAGCGAGGGGCAGGAGGAGCUCCCGGCCUCCGGAGCGGCGGCUCACUCACGCCCGCGGAGCCACAUCCCGUUCCAGCCCCUGACACGCACCUCCCAGUGGCAGGCCACUCUGGAUCACACCCGGAGUCACGGCCGCGCUCAUCACUUCAUCAUUCCCCAGCACGCGCAGCAGCAGAGGUACAGCUGUCGGCUCGCACACAACCUCUCGGCCAUGACCAAAGUGGAGAGCAGAGCCCAGGGCUCGGCGGGGAAGCUCCCCAAGCCCAGUGCACCCUUGUUUCCCAAAACCCCUCAGCAGACAAACGUGAACCAGAAGUUGACGACGUGCAACAAAUUAUGUUUCGCUAUCGGUGCCGCUCCCAAGGAGGUGGCUGCCAGUGCCUCGGCCUUCUUCCUGCAAAUCUACCUGCUCGAUGUUGCUCGGAUCAACGCCUUCGAGGCCUCCCUGGUGCUGUUCAUAGGGAGAGUGUGGGGUGCAGUGACUGACCCCAUCAUUGGGUUCCUCAUCACAAAGAGCAAAUGGACCAAGAUCGGCAGACUCAUGCCCUGGCUACUGGGAUGCACGCCGUUUCUGGUGGUGUCGUACUUCUACCUCUGGUUUGUCCCUCCCUUCGACAAAGGCAGGUUCGUCUGGUACCUGGUCUUCUACUGCCUCUACCAAACCCUCGUCAAUUGUUUCCAUGUGUCUUAUUCUGCUCUCACCAUGUUCAUAAGCACGGACCUGAAGGAAAGGGACUCAGCCACGGCUUACCGGAUGACAGUGGAGGUGAUCGGGACCCUUGUGGGCGCUACCAUCCAGGGCCAGAUCGUGGCCAGCGCUCACACUCUGAAGCACUGCUCCACACCCAACAUGUCCGCCAGUCACCUUGGAAACAGCAGCGGGGCAGAGAGCGUGAAGAGUCUGGUGCACUCUCAGGAGUACCUGUCACACGCUCAGAAGGAGGUCUACAUGAUCGCUGCGGGUGUGAUAGGAGGCGUGUUCCUUCUCUGCACCCUGGUGAUGUUCCUGGGAGUCAAGGAGAGGGAAGAUCCCUAUGGCCUGAGUUCGGAGAAGCAGAUCCCCUUUGUGCAGGGCUUCGUCAUGGUGAUGAGACACGGGCCGUACCUCAUCUUGACAGCCGCGUUCCUCCUCAUCACCGUCGCAGUUCAGCUGAUACAGAGCAACUUCGUGCUCUUCUGCACUUACGCUGCCGACCUGAGGGAGCACUUCCAGAACAUAGUCGUGGUCAUCCUUAUUUCUGCAGUGUUGAGCAUUCCAUUUUGGCAAUGGUUUCUGCAGAGAUUUGGAAAGAAGACAGCAGCUUUUUGUGGCAUCGUGUGGAUAGUGCCUUCCACCCUGAUGUUGGUGUACAUCCCAGACUUGGUUGUGGCAUACAUCGUGGCUGUCACCUCCGGGUUCAGUAUUGCUGCAUCGCUGCUUAUGCCAUGGUCUAUGUUGCCGGAUGUGGUAGACGACUUCAGAGUGACCAAACCCUACUCUAAAGGCCACGAAGCCAUCUUCUACUCAUUCUACGUCUUCUUCACCAAGCUCGCUGUCGGCAUCACCCUGGGACUGUCCACCCUCUUCCUGGAGGUUGCUGGGUACAAAACUGGCAAAUGCAAGCAACUGCCGCCUGUGGUGUCCACCCUGAAGAUCCUGAUGGGCGUCGUGCCCAUAUGCUUCUUCGUUAUAGGGUUAAUUAUCCUGGUCUUCUAUCCCAUCAACGAGGACGUACGGCGCAGGAAUAAAAUCAGUCUGGAGGAGCUACGGAAACAAAGCUUUGACUCCACAACUAUGGAAGAUUUGAGUUACCAGUGAGGGGGAUGUUGGAGUGAAUUCUCAAAGCCACGGAUUCCAGCCAUGAGGCUGGAAGGUUGCUCUUUGGUGUAUGUUACACUGUCAAAUAUGGAAAUUCUUCUUCUGUAAACAUGUUUUGGGUUUUAUUGCCUCACGUACUGUAUAGCCAUCUUGAAUAUAUUAGUAUAUAUAUAUAUAUAUAUAUAUAUAUAUAUAUAUAUAUAUAUAUAUAUAUAUAUAUAUAUAUA